UUUCAAUAUUUUCAUAUGUUUUUUUUUCUCUGGAUUUCAUCUGAUUAUUUUUCGAAUUAUAAUCCUCUUCAUCAUCUUAUAUAUCUUGCAAUAUGACAUUCUAUCAUUUUGUAAAUUGUCUUCUAUUGACUUUUGGUCCGCCAGUUAUUCUUUAUCGGUUUUCAGUCAUAUCCGAAUAUGGAACAUUAAUGCGAGUAUUAACCGGUGCAUUAUCGUACAUAUUAACACAGAUGAGUAAGAUGCUUAUAAUAGCCGGUCUGGUUAAUCUAACAGAAUUUUGGGAACAUUUAAUCGAUUGUAUUGGCCUUUAUUAUUCAAUGGUACAUUAUCAAAAAGCAUCGGUUGCAUCGGUUAAAAUUCUUAGCACAGCACUUGGUUGGACGGUAACGGAAUCUAUAUUUACACGUUUGGUCAAUUUUUACAUCAAUGCUCGAUCAUUACAAUUUGAUUGGCAUCAUUUGAUUGAUGCUUGUGGUGCAAAUAUUGAUCUUGUACAAAAUAUUUGUUUAUGUUCAUUAUUAUGGUAUUGGAAUCGAAAAUCGAACAAACUUUAUUUGGCCAUGAUCAUCGGUUAUAUAUUGGCAAUUUCAUUCACUGAAUUUAACAUUAUUCAUCGUACCGGUAUGGUUAUGGCAUUUAGCAUUGCAUCAAUGGCCAUAUUAAAUGUGAAUGAAAAAUGAUUUAAAUUCAAUUAAAUGGAAAAAAUGUUCUUUUAUUUACA